UACUUUGGAAGGGAGUACUUUUAUCCCAAGAGACUCCUAGUUCAAUACUUUACAAAUUAUCUUAAAAACGUGAAGCUUAACUUCUCAUUUUCGUUCAGUCCACUGGCGUAAUCCGGCAAAUUAUCAUUUCCGGGUUCGUUCAAAUAUGGAAAAAAUUCUACAUUUUAGCAAAAUACUCUGUUUUUCUGGAUCCCGAUUGAUGUCUGGUCAACUUAAAAAGAAUGGGUUCAUAACCAGGCAGUGUAACAGUUUUAUUGGAUCCAAGGAGGAGCUGAAUAAUUAUGAUGCAACACAGGUGAAACUCAUGGAAGAGGAAUGUAUCCUCAUUGAUAAAGAGGAUAAUAAUAUUGGCUCAGCCUCAAAGAGGACUUGUCAUUCCAAAACAAACAUUGAUAGUGGUAUGCUUCAUAGAGCAUUCAGUGUUUUUCUGUUCAACAACCAGGGGGAGCUUUUGCUGCAGCAGAGGUCAGAUGCCAAAAUUACAUUUCCAGAUCAUUUUACAAACACAUGCUGUAGUCACCCCCUCGUCAGGCCAGGUGAACUCGAGGAGGCAGAUGCAUUGGGGGUAAAGAGGGCUGCUCAAAGAAAACUCAAACAUGAACUAGGGAUUGAACCACAUGAGGUUCCUCUAGAAGACUUUCAGUACUUGACCCGCAUACACUAUAAGGCAGACAACGUACCAGCUGAUGGAGUGUGGGGAGAGCAUGAGAUUGAUUAUAUAUUAUUUAUUCAAAAGGAUGUGUCAGUAUGUGCCAAUUUAAAUGAGGUGAAAUCUCAUUGUUAUGUGAACCAGUCAGAAUUGAAGAAACUUAUGGACAGUAACGAGUUGAAGUUUACUCCAUGGUUUCAGCUUAUUACCAAAAAGACACCACUUCUUUAUAAAUGGUGGAACGAUUUAACCUCUUUGGAGCAGCACAAGGACCAUACCACUAUACACAAGUUCCUCUAAUUUUAUGGACUCUGUUCGUCCAUAUGCAACUAUAAGGGACAUUCAAAAAGUUCUGCACUGGAACCCCCAACCUUAUUACAAAUUCAUUAAUAUAAUUCUAGAAAUUGUUAAGGUGGCCAUUUUGGAUUUUCUGUUUUUUCUGCACACCAGGGAAACCAUUUGAACCAUUCACAUUUUCUGGUGUGUUUCUUUGUAUCAA